AUGACAUCGCAGACUCCCAGACGAGCCUGUCGAGAGUGUAGGCGGCGAAAAUUGAAGUGUGACCGUGCCAAGCCCGUGUGCUCGACGUGUGAGCGCUCUCGCAGCCUAUGCGACUAUCAAAGGCCCAACAGAACCCCUUUGACCCGAAGGUAUUUGACGCAGCUGGAGAGCGAGCUCAACCAUGCGCGGACACUCUUGCGAGACACCCGACGGGAAGAUCAAUUGCCUGCGCGCCUGAGUCCCGACAAUGAUGACCUCGGUUCACAGCCACCCGACACCAGCGCUGCAGUCGAUCCGGGCUCAUCUUUACUCAAAACGCGGCAGACAGAGCGCUGUCUCCUCCUGCCCCCCGAAGUUGCACCUCCAGUCGCCAGUUUUGAAUGGGAUGAGCGGGAUAGCACUCUGCAAGACGCCUCCGAGGCACCCGUCAAGCUUUCCGGUGGCGGUUAUUUUGGCAUCGCCUCCACUAGAGCUUUCCUGCGCACGACCGGUCACCAAGAUGAAGCUUACCCGCCAAUGACCAUAGCAUGCUCUCCACAGACUAUAUCGGAGCCUUCCGUGCCUUUGCCUUUAUCGUCGAUCGGCCAAUAUGUGGAUGCAUACUUUGGUCAUUGUCACCCGUUGCACCCGUUCCUACACGAGACUGCAUUCCGCGCCCAGUUGAUGGACUUGUACCCGCGACCGUCACGGCCGUUGUGGGAGAUGCUCCUCUAUGCGGUGGCUGCGCUGGGAGCCUUUGCAGUCUCCUCCCCGACGGAUGGCACCACCGAUCGGGGAUUCUUCGAGGCGGCCAAGGCACGCUUCUCCAGCGACAUGAUGGAGACGGGCAACAAGACCCUGGUCCAGGCCCUGACCCUGAUGUCCCGAUACUUGCGCAUGCGAAACAAGCUCAACGCCAGUUACAACUACCUGGGCCUGGCGAAUCGGACCGCGAUCGGGAUCGGGCUGUACAAGGAGUUCCCGACGCCGGAGAGCAACCCUUUCUACCAGGAAGUCCGCCGACGCGUGUGGUGGAGCCUGUACACGUUGAACCUGGAAGAUGCGAUCGCAUUUUCCCGCCCGCAAGACUUCCCCCAAGCCGGGGUCGAAGUCAAUCUGCCUCUAAACAUUCAAGACCUAGACCUAACCCCGAGCACCCCCGCCAUCCACGCCGAAGCAAACCAGACCAUCCUAUACUCCGGUCUCAAAUUUACAGCCGCCUUCUACUCUACUAUCAGCAAGGUGUACAGCAGCAUCACGACCAUCCCAUACCCGCGCGCCCGGGAGCUGCUCCAUUACGACGAUACCCUCAUCCACGAUUGGGAGGCCUCCCUCCCCGCGUUCUACCGCAGCACCGCCCCCCAGGAAGCCCGAUACAGCCUCGCCCACGCCCUGCUCUUCUGGCGCCGCCUCAACUUCCAGAUCCUCAUGUACCGUCCCUUCAUCGUGUGGCAUUACACCACGCGACACAGCGUCAGUCCUCCGAAGCUCCCCGCAGACCCCGAGAGCGUCCAGGAGGCCAUCCAACGCUGCCAGCACGUCGCGGACGAAUCCAUCCGGGCGAUCGCCAAUUUCUGGUUUCGGGGGAAGCAUCAGCAGCGCAGCGCGUUGGAGGGGUGGUAUGCCCUCCAAUUCAUCUUCCCCGCUGUCCUGAUUCCGGUGAUGUCUGUGCGGAACGAGUCGUCUGGGGCGGCGGCGGUGGUGGCGGGAUGGCGCGAGCGGAUCCACCAGGCUCUCGAGGUGAUGGAUUCCGUGGCGGAGGUUUUGGAGUCCGCGACGCUGCAGGGGCGGAUCGUUCGGAGUCUCUGUAGCGGCGUGGUGGAGUUGAAUACAGGGUCGGAUGUGGUGGGCCUAGGGCAGGGGAAUCCGCUCCCUUCCGCGGACCUGGAAUACGGUGCGGCGGCGGCCUUCUCGGCGACUCAGCAGAUGUUGUAA